UAGGGUUGUAUGGUAAAUUGCCUACAGCAUAAUAGUCAACAUAUGGUGUCUGCUGAUGUUAUAAACUCAACCUUUUAUUUUCUCCUGUCCGUUUUUCUGUUUUCUCUCAUUUUUCUAUGUCCUUCUGGAUAGAUUGAAGCCACAGCGGGCAUGAAGAAGGUAAGCUGAGGAAGAGACCAGAUCAGACAGGUUGAGACAGUGAAGGUAGGCUGAGGUAGAGACCAGAUCAGACAGGUUGAGACAGUGAAGGUAGGCUGAGGUAGAGACCAGGUCAAACAGGUUGAGACAGUGAAGGUAAGCUGAAGUAGAGACCAGAUCAGACAGGUUGAGACAGUGAAGGUAGGCUGAGGUAGAGACCAGGUCAAACAGGUUGAGACAGUGAAGGUAGGCUGAAGUAGAGUCCAGAUCAGACAGGUUGAGAGACUGUGAAGGUAGCUGAGGUAGAGACCAGGUCAGACAGGUUGAGAGACAGUGAUGGUAGGCUGAGGUAGAGACCAGAUCAGACAGGUUGAGAGACAGUGAAGGUAAGCUGAGGUAGAGACCAGGUCAUAUAGGUUGAGAGACUGUGAAGGUAAGCUGAGGUAGAGACCAGGUCAGACAGGUUGAGAGACAGUGAAGGUAAGCUGAGGUAGAGACCAGGUCAUAUAGGUUGAGAGACAGUGAAGGUAAGCUGAGGUAGAGACCAGGUCAGACAGGUUGAGAGACAGUGAAGGUAAGCUGAGGUAGAGACCAGGUCAAACAGGUUGAGACAGUGAAAGUAAGCUGAAGUAGAGACCAGGUCAUAUAGGUUGAGAGACAGUGAAGGUAAGCUGAGGUAGAGACCAGGUCAGACAGGUUGAGAGACAGUGAAGGUAAGCUGAGGUAGAGACCAGGUCAAACAGGUUGAGACAGUGAAAGUAAGCUGAAGUAGAGUCCAGAUCAGACAGGUUGAGAGACAGUGAAGGUAAGCUGAGGUAGAGACCAGGUCAGACAGGUUGAGACAGUGAAGGUAUCUGAGGUAGAGACCAGAUCAGACAGGUAGAGAGACAGUGAAGGUAAGCUGAGGUAGAGACCAGAUCAAACAGGUCACAAUAGGGAUAUGUCUCACAACAGGGAUAUGUCUCACAACAGGGAUAUGUCUCACAACAGGGAUAUGUCUAACAACAGGGAUAUGUCUCACAACAGGGAUAUGUCUCACAACAGGGAUAUGUCUCACAACAGGGAUAUGUCUCACAACAGGAAUAUGUCUCACAACAGGGAUAUGUCUCACAACAGGGAUAUGUCUCACAACAGGAAUAUGUCUCACAACAGGGAUAUGUCUCACAACAGGGAUAUGUCUCACAACAGGGAUAUGUCUCACAAUAGGGAUAUGUCUAACAACAGGGAUAUGUCUCACAACAGGGAUAUGUCUCACAACAGGAAUAUGUCUCACAACAGGGAUAUGUCUCACAACAGGGAUAUGUCUAACAACAGGGAUAUGUCUAACAACAGGGAUAUGUCUCACAACAGGAAUAUGUCUCACAACAGGAAUAUGUCUCACAACAGGGAUAUGUCUCACAACAGGGAUAUGUCUCACAACAGGGAUAUGUCUAACAACAGGGAUAUGUCUAACAACAGGGAUAUGUCUCACAACAGGGAUAUGUCUCACAACAGGAAUAUGUCUCACAACAGGGAUAUGUCUCACAACAGGGAUAUGUCUCACAACAGGGAUAUGUCUCACAACAGGAAUAUGUCUCACAACAGGGAUAUGUCUCACAACAGGGAUAUGUCUCACAACAGGGAUAUGUCUCACAACAGGAAUAUGUCUCACAACAGGGAUAUGUCUCACAACAGGGAUAUGUCUCACAACAGGAAUAUGUCUCACAACAGGGAUAUGUCUCACAACAGGGAUAUGUCUCACAAUAGGGAUAUGUCUAACAACAGGGAUAUGUCUCACAACAGGGAUAUGUCUAACAACAGGGAUAUGUCUCACAACAGGGAUAUGUCUCACAACAGGGAUAUGUCUAACAAUAGGAUACUGUACCUAUAGUCGCCCCAGUACCUUGAUCAGGAACCACAUGAAUAUUCGUCAGGAACCACAUUAAUAUUCGAUUGUACCUUUGAGUUAAUUUAUUAUUGGUUGUGCCUUUCCUAUUACUGUAAUUCUCACUGCUGCUGUGACUAACACAGAGCUAGAACCUGAAUGGCUGCUAUCCACUGCUGUGACUAACACUCUGUGACUAACACAGAGCUAGAACCUGAAUGGCUGCUAUCCACUGCUGUGACUAACACUCUGUGACUAACACAGAGCUAGAACCUGAAUGGCUGCUAUCCACUGCUGUGACUAACACUCUGUGACUAACACAGAGCUAGAACCUGAAUGGCUGCUAUCCACUGCUGUGACUAACACUCUGUGACUAACACAGAGCUAGAACCUGAAUGGCUGCUAUCCGCUGCUGUGACUAACACAGAGCUAGAACCUGAAUGGCUGCUAUCCGCUGCUGUGACUAACACAGAGCUAGAACCUGAAUGGCUGCUAUCAGCUGCUGUGACUAACACAGAGUUAGAACCUGAAUGGCUGCUAUCAGCUGCUGUGACUAACACAGAGCUAGAACCUGAAUGGCUGCUAUCAGCUGCUGUGACUAACACAGAGCUAGAACCUGAAUGGCUGCUAUCAGCUGCUGUGACUAACACAGAGCUAGAACCUGAAUGGCUGCUAUCAGCUGCUGUGACUAACACAGAGCUAGAACCUGAAUGGCUGCUAUCAGCUGCUGUGACUAACACAGAGCUAGAACCUGAAUGGCUGCUAUCAGCUGCUGUGACUAACACAGAACUAGAACCUG